AUGGCGUCUGAAGAACCCGCUGCCGGUUCUCUUGCGGACCGCAUCACCAAGCCCGAGGAGACUGCCCCUGCCGAAGCUCCCGAACAGACCGAAGAUAUUCCUCAGACCGAUGGCGCCGCCGCCCAACAGGGUGGCUCCGACCUUCAUGAGCCUGACUACACCGUUGAAGUCAAGCUCAGCGAUCUCCAGGCUGAUCCGAACAAUCCCCUUUUCUCCGUGAAGAACUUUGAAGAUCUCGGCCUGGACCCUCGCAUCCUCCAGGGAUUGUCGGCAAUGAACUUCCGGAAACCCUCCAAGAUCCAAGAGAGGGCCCUCCCGCUGCUACUUGGCAACCCCGCGAAGAAUCUGGUCGGUCAGUCCCAGUCCGGUACUGGAAAGACUGCGGCCUUCGUCCUGAACAUCCUCAGUCGCUUGGACCUCUCGUCGGAGCAGUUGCAAAAGACCCCCCAGGCGUUGAUUUUAGCCCCCACACGAGAGCUGGCUCGUCAGAUUGUUGGUGUCAUCCAAGUGAUGGGCCAGUUCCUUGAUGGGCUCGUUAUUGGUACCGCCGUACCGGCAGAUACUGGCGCUCGUCCCGCCAAGAUGGAGUGCUCCGUCGUUGUGGGUACCCCUGGUACUGUGAUGGACAUGAUUAAGAGGCGCAUCAUGGUUGCGAACAAGCUCCGCGUGCUUGUUCUGGAUGAGGCCGACAACAUGCUCGACCAGCAGGGUCUGGGUGACCAAUGUAUCCGUGUGAAGGCUCUCUUGCCCAGAGAUAUUCAGGUCGUGCUCUUUUCGGCUACCUUCCCUGCUCACGUGCACGAAUAUGCGUCCAAGUUCGCCCCCCAGGCCAACGAGAUUACCCUCCAACAUGAGGAGUUGACGGUCGAGGGUAUUAAGCAGCUGUACCUGGACUGCUCGAAUGACGAGGACAAGUACCAGACUCUUGUCAACCUCUACGGUCUGCUCACCGUCGGCUCGUCCAUCAUUUUCGUCAAGACCCGUGCCUCCGCCCAGGAGAUCGAAAAGCGCAUGGUUGCCGAGGGUCACACCGUGGCCUCUCUGACCGGUGGUAUUGAAGGAUCGCAGCGUGACGCAGUCAUUGACCAAUUCCGUGCCGGACACGCGAAGGUCUUGAUUACGACCAACGUGCUUGCCCGUGGUAUCGAUGUCUCCACUGUGUCCAUGGUUAUCAACUACGAUAUCCCUGAGCUGCACCAACCCGGCGCCCGUCAACGACAGGCCGACUUCCAGACCUACCUGCACCGUAUUGGCCGUACGGGACGUUUCGGCCGCGUGGGUGUAUCCAUCUCUUUCGUGUCCAACCGGGAAGAGUGGGAGAUGCUCAACCAGAUUCAGCGAUACUUCAACACUAACAUCCAGCGGAUUGACACUAAGGACUGGGACGAGGUGGAAGACAUUAUCAAGAAGACGAUCAAGAGCUCACGUGCUCAGCUCGGCUUCCGGUAG